GCCGGGCGACGUGGCCCGCCCGGAGCCCGGAAGUGGUCCGUGUGGAACGGCCGCCGGACCUUGGCUGUACACCCAUCCCGUCGGACUUUUCGCUGCUGCGUGGCGUCUGUCCCGGCAUCACCAUGUUGAAGAAAUUCGACAAGAAGGACGAGGAAUCGGGCGGCGGCUCCAACCCCUUCCAGCAUCUGGAGAAGAGUGCAGUGCUGCAAGAGGCCCGCGUAUUUAAUGAAACUCCCAUCAACCCUCGGAAAUGCGCCCACAUCCUCACCAAGAUCCUUUAUCUCAUAAACCAGGGGGAACACCUGGGGACCACCGAAGCCACCGAAGCCUUUUUUGCCAUGACCAAACUCUUUCAAUCCAAUGAUCCCACACUCCGUCGGAUGUGCUACUUGACCAUCAAGGAGAUGUCCUGCAUUGCAGAAGACGUCAUCAUCGUCACGAGCAGCCUGACAAAGGACAUGACCGGGAAAGAAGACAACUAUCGGGGCCCUGCCGUGCGAGCCCUCUGUCAGAUCACCGACAGCACCAUGCUGCAGGCCAUUGAGCGCUACAUGAAGCAGGCCAUCGUGGACAAGGUGCCCAGUGUCUCCAGCUCCGCCUUGGUGUCUUCUCUGCACCUGCUGAAGUGCAGCUUUGAUGUGGUCAAACGCUGGGUGAAUGAGGCCCAGGAGGCAGCAUCCAGUGACAACAUCAUGGUCCAGUACCAUGCGCUGGGGCUCCUGUACCAUGUGCGGAAGAAUGAUCGUCUGGCCGUGAAUAAGAUGAUCAGCAAGUUCACCCGGCAUGGCCUGAAGUCUCCCUUUGCCUACUGCAUGAUGAUCCGAGUGGCCAGCAAGCAGCUGGAAGAGGAGGACGGCAGCCGUGACAGCCCUCUGUUUGACUUCAUCGAGAGCUGCCUGCGCAACAAACACGAGAUGGUGGUAUAUGAAGCUGCUUCUGCUAUCGUCAAUCUGCCCAGCUGCAGUGCCAAGGAGCUGGCCCCGGCCGUGUCAGUGCUCCAGCUCUUCUGCAGCUCGCCCAAGGCUGCUCUCCGCUAUGCUGCUGUCCGCACCCUCAAUAAGGUGGCCAUGAAGCACCCGUCGGCGGUGACAGCUUGCAAUCUGGACCUGGAGAACCUGGUCACAGACUCAAACCGCAGCAUCGCCACCCUGGCCAUCACCACCCUCCUCAAGACUGGCAGUGAGAGCAGCAUCGACCGCCUCAUGAAGCAGAUCUCCUCCUUCAUGUCCGAGAUCUCGGAUGAGUUCAAGGUGGUGGUGGUCCAGGCUAUCAGUGCCCUGUGUCAGAAAUACCCUCGAAAACACGCUGUUCUCAUGAACUUCCUGUUCACCAUGCUGCGGGAAGAGGGCGGCUUUGAGUACAAGCGCGCCAUUGUGGACUGCAUCAUCAGCAUCAUUGAGGAGAACUCAGAAAGCAAGGAGACAGGACUGUCACACCUGUGCGAGUUCAUCGAGGACUGCGAGUUCACUGUGCUGGCCACUCGCAUCCUGCAUCUCCUGGGCCAGGAGGGGCCCAAGACCAACAACCCCUCCAAGUAUAUCCGCUUCAUCUACAACCGAGUAGUCUUGGAGCACGAGGAGGUUCGGGCAGGUGCGGUGAGUGCUCUGGCAAAGUUCGGUGCCCAGAACGAGGAGAUGUUACCCAGCAUCUUGGUACUGCUAAAGAGGUGUGUGAUGGACGAUGACAAUGAAGUAAGGGACCGAGCCACCUUCUAUCUGAAUGUCCUGGAGCAGAAACAGAAGGCUCUCAAUGCAGGCUACAUCCUGAACGGUCUGACUGUGUCCAUCCCUGGCCUGGAGAGAGCGCUGCAGCAGUACACUCUGGAGCCAUCGGAAAAGCCCUUUGACCUCAAGUCUGUGCCCUUGGCCACCACACCCAUGGCAGAGCAGAGAACAGAAAGCACCCCCAUCACAGCAGUCAAGCAGCCUGAGAAGGUGGCCGCCACCCGGCAGGAGAUCUUCCAGGAGCAGUUGGCGGCAGUGCCCGAGUUCCAGGGUCUGGGGCCCCUCUUCAAGUCCUCGCCCGAGCCUGCGGCACUCACUGAGUCAGAGACGGAGUAUGUCGUCCGCUGCACCAAGCACACCUUCGCCGAUCACAUGGUGUUCCAGUUUGACUGCACAAACACACUCAAUGACCAAACCCUGGAGAACGUCACCGUGCAGAUGGAGCCCACCGAGGCCUAUGAGGUGCUUUGUUACGUGCCUGCCCGGAGCCUGCCCUAUAACCAGCCUGGGACCUGCUACACACUGGUGGCAUUGCCCAAGGAAGACCCCACAACUGUGGCCUGCACCUUCAGCUGCAUGAUGAAGUUCACUGUCAAGGACUGUGACCCCACCACUGGGGAGACUGAUGACGAAGGCUACGAGGAUGAGUAUGUGCUAGAGGACCUGGAAGUCACUGUAGCUGAUCACAUCCAGAAGGUCAUGAAGGUGAACUUCGAGGCAGCCUGGGAUGAGGUAGGGGACGAGUUUGAAAAGGAGGAAACGUUCACCUUGUCUACCAUCAAGACACUUGAAGAGGCUGUGGGCAAUAUUGUGAAGUUCCUGGGAAUGCACCCUUGCGAGAGGUCAGACAAAGUGCCUGAUAACAAGAACACCCACACACUGCUCCUGGCCGGUGUCUUCCGGGGUGGCCAUGACAUCCUGGUGCGCGCCCGGCUGCUGCUCUUGGACACAGUGACCAUGCAAGUAACAGCCAGAAGUUCAGAAGAGCUUCCAGUGGACGUUAUCUUGGCAUCUGUGGGCUAAGGGAUCAGCUGGCGUCUGUCCUUUUCUAAUCCCUUUUCUCCCCCAAGACUAAGUGGGAGUGACACCUUGGCCAUGAAAUGGGUGAAAACCCCUUCACAAGCUUCUGGGUAGAAAAGUAAUUAGGAAUUAUUUUGCAUUUUUUAUUUGACCCCAUUCACAACUGUUGGGGCUUUUUUUUUCCACUAGGGGAUCAUUUUGACUUGUCCUAGAUCUUGCUGUCCUGCCUGCCAGUGAAUGGGCAUUGCAAAUGAAUAAAAUGCUGGCACCUCCUCUAGAAUUUAUCCCCAAAGAAGCCAUCUUCUGCCUGAAAUAAAUCAGCAUGUAUUUAUGGAAUAAUUACUAAGAGACUUGUGCAUAGGGAUCUACCUCCCCUUUGAGACCACCUACCACCCAGUACAGCACUCCUCCUUCCCUGUAUCCACAGCCCUUGGCCCUUGCUCACCCCAUGGUAGAAUCCUCUCCUGCUCAUUCCCCGACCAGCAUCAAGCCCAGAGACCAAGACCCUGAAGGUUUGUCUGGGGAAUGCCAACAUCUUAGUAACAGCCCCUCUGCUGUGAGAGUGGGCAGAUGGGAACUGCUGUGGGCCAAGGUGGGAGAUGGGGUGUGGGCUGGUGUUGCCCACCUGCUGGGAGGUGAUGGGGAAGAACAGCUUGGAGUGUCAGGUGUGUCAGGACUAAUUGAACAAUGAGAAGAUGCUUAACAGAGAAAUGAUUUUAUUAAUAAACUACACUGCGGCCAUCCACGCUUUUAGGAUGAUGCACCUUGUCUAAGAACAUACAAACUUCUAUCCCAAAAAGCCUUGGUGUCAAAGGCCAAAAUAUGCAAGCUGUUGUUAAUCACUACCUUGGGUGGAACUAAGAAUCUCUAGGGUUGGUUUUCCUAUGUUAAUUAGACUUACAGCCAAAAAGGAA